UGGGCUGCUCCUCCUGACGGGCUGCCUGGGCUGGCUGGCUGGCUGGCUGGGGCUGCUGGCUUGCAGGGCGGCACACGGGCAAAGACGGCGGCGAGGAGGGGGGGGGACACGACGUUCCAUCCGAACAAAGCUCUUCCUUCCUACAAGACUUAAGACACCAUCUUCCACCGACUACGACGACGACGAAACAGAAGACGAAGAAGAAGUACCCGCCCUGCCACCAUUUUCGUGCCAUCCUAACUUCCCUUGAAUCCCCUCGGAGGAGAACCACGACCAGCAGCGGCAGAGGCAGCAGCGGCGUCGGCGGGCAGGAAGCACUUGAUCAGCGUUGCCAUGAAGCACCGCGCGCCUUUACGCGCCUCACUUUUUCCCCUUUAAGGUGUUGGGGACUUUGGUGUGCAUGACUAACAAGGACUGUCAAGUUGUCACUGCUUGGGAGAAACAUGCAAAAUGGUGUGGGAAGGGACCGCCUCUCCUGACACCUAGGAAGACUUGUCAGCUGGAUUUCCUGCCCGAAAUUGAGGGGGUAAAGUAGGGGAACUAGGGGUACACGUUUAACGAGGAGUCGACUCGGCUCUGACCUCGCUUGCAGGACUUUAGUUUUUUUUGUCGUCAAGUUUGGAUCCACCUUGCCUCCUCCUCCUCAUCCUCAUCCACUGAAAGGUGUGGUCAUGCUUUCCCUGGAUGAGCCCCUGGACCUGAAGCUCCCUCGGAGGACCAGUGGGCGGGAUCGAGGUUCUCGCUCGCCCUCCCUUUCCCUUUUGUUUCCCCAACGAGCACACCACCUCCAUAUGGCGGAUGACGGCACGGCGGUCAUUGACCCCGCCUCACCAGCGUCCCCGCACACAGGCGUGCAGGUCGUACCCCAUGACCGAACAGACACCCCAACCCCGCCUGCGGUGGAUCUGAGCAUGUCACCGUCCUCCUUACGGCAUACGCCAACCUCGCCAGAGAUGACCAACGGCAACUACAUUCCUUCUGCGAAUUCCCAGCUCUCGCAAGCCUUUCAGUUCUUCGUUCCAAUCGGAGCCGGGGCGGGACUUCACCUGCCGUCCUCCAUGUUUAUUGGCCAGAUGAGUGACAAGAGAGCCUCCCCUGAUCUGUCUGCAGAUGAACAACUGGCUUGUCGUUGGAAGAAGUGCCGCCUGCUUUUUGACUCUCUCCAAGACCUGGUGGACCACGUCAAUGACUUCCAUGUCAAGCCAGAGAAGGAUUCGGGGUACUGCUGCCACUGGGAGGGCUGCGCUCGCAAAGGGAGGGGAUUCAACGCUAGGUACAAGAUGCUCAUCCACAUCCGCACGCACACAAACGAGAAGCCUCACCGCUGUCCCACCUGCAACAAAAGCUUCUCACGUCUCGAGAACCUCAAGAUACAUAACCGCUCACACACAGGUGAGAAGCCCUACAUUUGUCCGUAUGAGGGCUGCAACAAGCGCUACUCCAACUCCAGUGACCGCUUUAAGCACACACGUACACAUUAUGUGGACAAGCCCUACUACUGCAAGAUGGUGGGAUGCCUGAAGCGCUACACAGACCCCAGUUCUCUACGCAAGCACAUCAAGGCCCACGGUCAUUUUGUGGCGCAGGAUCAGGGCUCGCCAGGCGGAGUGGGGUCCUUGCUAAAGGGAAGUCACAGCGGAGGUCUUGCAGGCGGAGUGGGCAAGGAUUCAGACAUGUCCUACAUGAGUGGGGCUCACAUUAUCAUCCCAGGGGCGACGGCCGCUUUCCUGGGAGCCCACGCUCUUCAGGGCCUGGGUGGAUCCCUACCGUUGUCCCCUCUCAGUCCUCGGCCCCUGGACCUCAGCACAUUGGGCUGCCCGAGUUCCCCACCGGGCGGGCUGGGAAGCACAUCUGUCCUAUCUUACAACGGAUCCCCGCUGGGUCUGGCCAAGUCGCCGAUGCUGUCCCCGGCGUUCAGCUCCUCAACAUUGGGCAUGCCCAUGGUUCCCGUGCUGGGGGCGGCUGCCAAGCGCAGGGCCCCCAGAAAGGCCCGAGGCGAGGAGGAGGCUGAGAAUGAGGUGACAGGGGGGGUGCUUAACCUUUCCACGGGAGGGUCUCAUGAUCCCUUGUCCUGGGUGGUCAUCCCCCCAGGGACCGUGGUGCUCAAACCAGCUGUGGUCAACUGAUAGACACACGCGCACAUUCCAGAAGAGCUCAGGGGGUCAGGAUGGGAGGGUGAACGCCUUAGUCAGGGUACGGGCAGUCAAGGGUGGCGGGAGGGGGGGUAGAAACUAUACAACCGUUUGUACACUUAGACUCCAUACAUGCACGACAUUGUAUGAUUAUUUGUAGAACGCAGGCCCCCUUUUUUUUUUUUAAUCGGGGGCUCAAGCUCAAUUUAUAUCACAAGUUCUAUUUUAUACUUUAUCCAUUCCUUGUCUGUUGGUUCUGUGGACAGAGCCCAUGAACGCGGCAGUCGUGUUUCCUUUCGAGUAUUUAUAAAAGUUUAUCGACCGUGUGCCUCUAGCCAAGCAGCGAGAUCGAAAACCCCGCAGAGAAACACAAUGACGCACCGUCAGCCGGGCAAAGGUUUAUUAUUGUAAACUGAUAACAUACAGUUACAGCUUUUGUGUUUCAUAAGACAAGCUUGCCAGACCAAAGCAAGUGAACGCAACAGUUUAGUUAUACACAGCACUUAACUGCUUACCAUCACAAAAACCUCAAAAACUGCUGCUAAAUUCUAGCGCAGGGGUCUCAAACUCAAUUUACUUGGGGGCCAUUGGAGCUCGGGUCUGGGUGAGACUGGUCCGCAUCAGGUUUAAUAAAAAAAAACAAAAAAACGCAUUUAUUAAAAUUAAAAAAUGUUUAAACUUCACUUUGGUUCCAAUUUUCUACAAUAAAAGCUCUGAUAAAACAUUCCACUGUUCUCAAAUAUCUUACUUUUUAUUUUUCUACACAAAAUAAGAUGAAAAAUAAAUAAACAAAUCAAGAAUAAAGAAAAUCAAUCAAUCGGUAAGAAAUAAAUAAAUAUAAUAAUAAUAAUAAAACGGCAAAUAAUAAAAACUUAAGAAACCACAUAUAGUUGGUGGGUAGACAAAUUAUUAAAAUGAACAAAGCAUUAUUAGAGCCCUGUAGACAUGACAAAACAUGACUAUAGUCACAUUUAUACUCUUUUUAUUCAUAACAUAUUGCGCAACUGCAGGGUCUUGACACACAUGCUAACUCGCAAACUCGAGAGCUAGCGACCUAAAAACGGUAGCCUUCAAGUUAUUUCCUUUCAACUUAAAUAGCCAAAAACUUACCACUUCCACACGGAUCGAGAGGAUAACUAUUAACAGUUAUUUAACCUUUAACAUGAACAUUAAUCAAACGUAAUAAUUUUUUUCUGGGUACAUGAUACCAUACAGCAUAUCAAACUUGCGCGGGCCGGACUAACAUUAGACUUUCAUAUCGCGUGUUUGAGACCCCUGCUCUAGUGAGUCCUCUUUUUUUACGCGACAAUCUGUCCCCAUUUCGGGGAGGCUGACCAACACGGACUAGCCUGGUCCAGCAGAAUGUUUGUCACAGACAGCAGUUUUUUUUUAGAGCUAUCUGAGGACAGACAAGCGGUGUAAAAUCACCUGAAAAACACCAAUAGUCACUCCUGCUUCUGUAAUGCAGAGCACUGCUGAGUAUGGCUCCCCCCUGUGGCGGAAAGAAACACAAAUAUCCCAUUGGAUAAAACUGGAUUGGCUCCUGGAUUGUCCAGCUGCUUGCCCGUGAUUGAAUCAACACAGCCAGUUUGUGUAUGAAAGAGCCAGUGUGGUGAUAAACACUGCUGUCUUGUGUUUUCCUUAAAGAUCCACUCGGCUGAAAAAAACAGUUGUGAAAAACAGAUGGCCCUCCAGUAAAAGCUUUAGUUGUAUCCUGCCUGGCAAAAUACCCAGAAAAAGUCAAGGGGGAUGUACAUAUUGGGGGGGUCCAAACACUUAGUGCCAACUACAGCUGGACUGACAGGGAAGCCACACUUCGAUAAACUGCCUCAUUUUAUUGUGUCCAUUAUGGGUCCAAUCAAAGUCUUACUGACCAGGGUUACGUUAAGCAGUCGUCACGUGCUUAGAACGGAUUGUGGUUCAGUUUCGUAACAAGAGUCAUUUUAGUUAUGGGACACAGAGGAGCACGAGAGGAUCAACACAAGGAACAUUCCCUCAAGAGACUUCCAUAGACUUUCAUCCUCUCUCUCCUUGUCCCAUCUGCUCCGUUCGCAGUCCUUCCACGGCCGACGCCCACUUUUACGACUCAGAUCGGUCUUAUAAUUUUGCCUGUAUGCGUUUGGACGAGACAUUUCUCUCAGAUGUUGAAUUUUGCUUCUUGUGUUCUGUGAAAACUGCGCUGACAUCAGCUUCUCUGCUGUCCAGUAUGAGUAUUUAGGUGGUCUUUGGGGACAGUGGUUUGCAAUUCUUGGGGGGUCUGGCUUGUCGAAUGCAUUCCACUAGUGAUAAGUUGCAGCGUCAAAAUUGGCCGACAAAGGGAACGUAAACUGUGACAAAAAGACUCGACGCCAGGCGUAAAAAUAACCUCAGUUCUGUCAAAGGCAAGAUGGAGUGAACAAGAAAAGUCCACAAAAUACGCUCCAGAAAAUCUAUUUUCACAGGAAGUCGAGACAGCCCCAACUGUACCAGAUAUUCCAGUGGUGCCUUGGUUAACAUGAAUCCAUUCUAGAAUGUCCAAACCAAAAUGGACUCUAACCAAAGCAUAUUUUCCUUUUACUGAGGUAAAAAUAACCUCAGUUCUGUCAAAGGCAAGAUGGAGUGAACAAGAAAAAUCCAUAAAUUACGCUCCAGAAAAUCAAAUUUUCACAGGAAUUGGAGAAGGCCCCAACUGUACCACAUAUUCCAGUGGCGCCUUGGUUAACAUGAAUCCAUUCUACAAGGUCCAAACCAAAACGGACUCUAACCAAAGCACAAUUUCCCAUAGAAAAUAAUGUAAAGCCAAUUAAUCCGUUCCGGACACCCCAAAAUGUUAACAUUUUAUAGACAAUAAUUACACUGUAGUUUUUCAUAGAGAAAAUGACACAAAAAUUAAUAAAUAAACAUUUAAAACAUCAUUUUGACCAAGCGAAAUAUCAAUGUUCUAGAACCAGUAAAUUUCUACCUUACUGUUUCAUAAAAAAAACGAAAAAAAACUGUGCGUUGGCGAGGAAGCCUAAUCAAGCGUCAACAAAUGCCAAGGCAGAAAUUGGGGAUGUUAACCAGGGCAUACACAAAUUCCCAUUUCCUUACUUUUCCAGACCUGGAAAUGUCCAAAAAUGAAAAAUUACACAUACUUGUGUAGGAACACCAUAUUUAGGAGAGACCAUUUUGCUAAGCAUUCCCCCGCCAACUCCUGCCCCACCUACACUUUUCCUUUCCAGAGUGAUGUCAUCCGAAACAGCCCAUGCGGAGUAGGAUAGAUAUUUCCAUGGCAACAGAUGCGGCAGGUUGAAGCUGAGAACGGGGAGGAUGAGUCUGGCAGCAGAGAGCUGGCUAACGUGACACGAAUCCUCGUAGGGGUUCACAUGAAAUAAGCUUGGUGGUCCAUGAAUGCGUUGAUACAAAAACUGCACUUUUGAUCCCGGAGGUGGAGGUGGUGGGAGGUUCUUUCCUCAGCGUCCAGCUUUAUUCAUUUAGCAUCCACCCUUUUAUCCACUUCAGGCUGAAUUGGAAACCACACAAAAGCGGUACUAGCGUCCGGGAGAUUUGAGCGCGUCAUCCUUUGUGUCGGCACACGUGGUUGGUGUGAUUUUAAAAAAAAUUUAAAAAAAGGGGUGCCACUGACUGAAGUGCUACAGUGUUGCACAAAAGGCUUGCUAGAAAAUAAGACCAAGGCCAACUGAGGCCUGUUCCAAGUUUGUUUCUUUUUUUUUUCUUUGCACAUGUGUGAGAUACUCUGUCAGUAUUUUCAUUUUUUCCAAGUGCCUUUUUUAUUAUUGUAGGUCAAAUAGAGAAGUUAAACAUUCUAUGGUAAAGAUUUGAUGAGAUAUAUAUAUAUUUUUUUUUUCCUGGUUUCAUGUUCUGUGGUGGAACAUGCAAGAAUGUUAGCGUUGUAUGAAAGUCACCUGUUGCUACCACAUAGCCGUCUUCUCCCGUUUUAGAGGAAUUUUAUUACGAUAUUGCUAAUAAGGUCAAUGAAAAGGAAAGUGUUUAAUAAAUACAUUGGAUACACGUGGUGUGUUUGUGUGUGCUUUGUAUUACACGUUUAUCCAAGCAGUAUGAGCACCUCAGAAAAAUGUAUGUGAUAUUUAAAAAUAUAUAUAUUUAAC